UCUCCAAAUAAAGUGAAGAUUGUUUAAUUAAUUGAAGACAUAAACAAAAUAUCUUCUGGAGAUUCGUGGACAGAAAAUCAGAACAGCAUUUGUUUGUGAAACAUUUUUAAAACUUUUCCUAAAACUGCUUUUCAUUUCUAAAGACUAUUUUAUUUUAUCUAUUUAUAGUUCUUUCAUUAAUACUAAAGAGAAAACAAAAGCUACUACCUGCUGUGUAACUUUCAGAAGAUUUUGUUCCAAAAUUGUGAAAUCAUAAAUUCCAGAGCUGGUCUAGCAUUAAAAACCUAUCUCUGUUUUUAAUGGAGAUUUUACAAUUUCACACCUAUUUUUCUUGUCUUAUCACGUCACCGGCAGCUAAUAUGCUACCUCAGUUUCUCUUUUUGUGUUUAGUUUCUCAUUCUUCACUUCUUUCUAUCUUUCCCAUUUUCUUGAAACAUCUUCACACAACAAAAUCAAUCAAUCAAUAUGAUUCAUUUCUCCAGAAAAGUGGGAAUUCGGGACCCAAUUCCCCCUUCUCCUCUCUAUAAAACCUAGCCAAAAAAAACAGAUCUUUCACUCCAUAAUAAAAGCAAGAGUGAACUGACUUUUCUUCUCUGUUUGUGUCCGUUGUAUUAUAGUUGAAAAACAAAAUGGUGACACCAAUGGAUAGAGGCUAUACUAUUGAUGAUCUUCCUAACUUCCUUCAGAUUUAUAGCCCUGAAAUAUGCUAUUCAAAGCUGAAAAUACCAUCAGGAUUUCUGAAGUUUUUCAGUGGAGAUAUUCCACCGGUCUUUCUGCUUGAAGUUGAAGGUCCAGCUAAGAGAUCUUGGAGGGUUGUUAGAGAAGAGAUCCAAGAGGAUUUCUUUUUCAAGGGUGGUUGGCCAAACUUCGUACAAGAUAAUAAUUUGGAGUUUGGAGAUUAUCUGACAUUUUCUUAUGUUGGAAACUCAAAUUUUUACGUAAGAAUAUAUGGAAAAUAUGGCUACAUGAAGGCGGACCUAACUGCCAUCGAGGAGCUUGAAUUGCAUCGAUUGGAUGAAGAAAAUGCCCAUGCGACACAAGAGGAAGCUCUGCUAGCAGAUCAAGCGCCUGAUGGGUCAGUAAACUCUGGUGUCUCAGUCCGUUUAUUCGAAGUCGUCAUGAAGAAAUUUAACUUUCAGAAAAUGAUAUUUAAUAUACCGGCUGCAUUUGGCAACAAAUACAUGAAGAAGGGCCAAAAAUUUGAAAAAAUGGCUACUCUUCUUACUGAUGGUGCUAACUGGCCAGUUGUAGUUCGUGGUUCUGAUAGACUUAAAUUUCGAAAAGGGUGGCGUGAAUUUGUACGCGACAAUGAUUUGCGUGUAGGAGAUGUUUUAUGUUUUAAGCUAAUUGAUGAGGAGAAUUUCAUACUUAAAGUUCGCAUUAGGCGCAACCCAAAUCUCAAUGAAGUAUAAUCAUACAAA